AUGAUUUACCACACAUUGCCGGAACAUCAGGUCGGCAGCGACAGCGACGACAGCGAACCUCGUCUGAAGCGGGCGCCGUUGACGCAGGGAAACUUGACCCUGCCCAAUAAGAUGUUGAAGAGGGCAGAAGUGGUGUCGGCGUUCGCUCCCUCCGACUCCACGGUCAAAUCGUCGUCAAUGAAGAUGACACAAGACUAUCUCAAAACGAUGUCAGGUUUCACCGUCCAAGCCCUAAACAGUGGCAUCCUCUAUGCCGAUAGGGUCGAGGGUACUCCUAACGAAACGACCAUGGUCUGCAAGCAUUCACUGGCUUUCCAAAAAGACGUCGGUUUCAACAGUGCCUUAUCGACUCCACAGUCCGACUCCGCCUAA